AAGAGGUCACUGAGGCGCCAGCAAAGCACAAACCAAAAAACACCAUGUGUUCCAAAAAUACCCUACUGCUCGUGGCUCUUCUCAUAGCUUCUGCAAUUCUCACUGCAAACUGCGACAUUGGAAAGAGUGUUAACUGCUGCACCAAGGUGUCCUCAGCCAAACCCAAAGUCGCCAUAGAAGAUUACUUCAUACAAAAACAAGAUCUUCCCUGUGUUGAAGCCGUCGUAUUCGUCUCACAGCAGGGGACAAUUCACUGCUGCAGACCAAACCUACCAUGGGUUAACAAGAAGAUAAAAGAAAUCAGGAAAAAGAAAGGAGAAUUACAAAAUGAAAAUUAAGACAGCCAACAAAAUAGAAAAGAGAUUCCGC